AUGACCAGCUCAGAAUACUCAUGGUGCACUUCUAUAUUUUAUGUUGGCCAGCUCGUUUCUGAAUGGCCAUUUAUUUAUCUCAUGAGUCGACUUCCUCUGACCAAGUUCGUUGGUACUACUGUCAUAAUAUGGGGAGUCAUCUGUAUGUGCCUCGCAGCACCGAAAAACUUUGCUGGAUUCGCUGCCGUGAGAUUUCUUCUCGGAUUUAGUGAAGGUGCUGUAUCGCCAGCUUUUGUGACAAUCACAAGUAUCUGGUAUCGCAAGAAAGAACAUACUACCCGAACUGCUUUAUGGAUUACUAUGAAUGGAUUGGCACAGGUGUUUGGCUGUUUGAUAAUGUAUGGCAUAGGCAAGAACACAUUGAUCACAAUUCAGCCGUGGCGAGUUUUGUUUCUUAUAUGCGGAGCAAUGACCGUUGUGGCUGGAAUUGGAUUCUUCGUAUUAAUGCCAAAUGGUCCAAAUGACGCUUGGUUUCUGAAUGAAAGAGAGAAACAAGUCUUGUCAUUACGUCUUGCCAGUGACCGGGAAGGAGGUGAUAAGACUGCAUUCUCUAUGAUGCAACUGAAGGAAGCCUUGUUCGACCCCAAAGCCUGGACCGUCUUCUGGUUUGGUGUUCUGGUCACCAUGCAGUCACCGGUGCUUACUUUCGCGUCUCUUGUAAUUGAGUCUAUUGGAUAUACCAAGCUCCAAACGGUUCUUUACACGGCACCUUCUGGAGCGCUUCAAAUUUUGCUGUUAUGGAUUGGAACCUUCCUGGUCUUUCUAUUUCCACGACAACGAAACUUUGUUGCUUUGGCAUUGAUUAUCCCGCCUCUCAUUGGAACUGUAUUUCUGUUCAAACUCACGUUGAGUGCUGAAUGGGGAUUGAUUGUGGCAUCAUGGCUCGUGAGUUUCCCGGGUACCGAUAUCUGGAAGAGGUAA